AUGGUUCUCUACUACCCAAAUGAUCAAACUAGUAGUGAUCUCAAUGAUGCCAUUGCCAUCGCUGGAAGAACACAACGUCGUCUAAAGCAGACCCUUUCGGAAACUUUAACUCGCUUUUACCCUUUUGCUGGAGAGGUCCAAGAUGAUCUCCAAAUCGAUUGUAAUGAUGAGGGAGUCUAUUAUGUUGAAGCUCAAGUUGAUGAACAUCUCACAGAUUUUCUCAGGAAACCUGAUAUUAAGUCACUACAUAUGUUACUUCCAUUUGACCCCAAUUCCAUGGAGUAUAUAUCAACACCCUAUGUAGUUAGGAUUCAAGUAAACAUUUUUAACUGUGGUGGGGUUGCCAUUAGCAUGUGCACUUUGUUGGUUGCACUUAAGGCCAAAGCAUCUGCUGUCUCACCAGCUGUAGUUGUGGAAAACCCAACCUGUGUUGUGGUUGUAACUACACUUCUCUGGAAAUGCGCCAUAGGUGUUUCUAAAGCAAUUCAUGGUUCCGAAAAGCCGUCUGUUUUGUUACUUCCAGUGAAUCUACGAAGAAAAAGUUCACCAUCAUUACCAGAGAGUUCUGUUGGAAACAUCAUCUGGAUGGCGAUUGCACAAUGCAAGGUGAAUUCCAACUUGGGACUGCCCUCCAUUGUAGGGCAUUUAAAGAAUUCCAUUGCAGAAAUAAACAAUGAUUUUGUUGAAGAAAUAAAAGGUGAUGAAGGGUCUUUGAAAGUUGGUGAGCGUCUCAAAGAAAUGGCUCAACCGUAUUCCAAUGCUGAUGCUGAUUAA